AUGGCAACACACGUUGACCGUAACAGAAGAAUAGGCCUGGAGGUGAACAUGAAGGAGUCAUUCCAGGGUGAUGUCACAAGGACAGUGCGUGAAGGAAAGCAUGCCUCCCCGCGUUCCUCCAAGACUGCACACCACCAGAUCACCAAUGGAAAGAGCCAUCUAUCCUUUGACCACAAUGCAACAAACAGUGAUGCAGGCAAGGUCAGAGAUGGUGGUGUUAGUUUCAGCACCAACCACAACUCUGUGGUGUGCCUGCCUUUAGUCUCUGAGGGCCUGAAGCUAGUAUGGACACAGUCAAAUCAGACAUGUGAGCUUGACACCAUCCAAGAGCUGGUCCAGGCAUUCAAUGUGUUCCCAUACCCAACAUCUCGUGAGGUGAAUGCCUUGGCACGGCUCUGUGCCCUGCCUCUGGACAAAGUCAAGGUCUGGUUUAUGGUGCAGAGAAUCAAAUACGGCAUCAGCUGGGCCUCAGAGGAGAUUGAGGAGACGCGUUGCAAGCUGGCCGGACCUGAGUGGACUAACGACUAUGCAAAUGAGAAGGAGGAGAUAAAGAUGAGGAAUAAGAGGAAGGAGUGUGGGGAGAUAUUUGUGGAAGCAGAGGACAAAGAUCAAAUUAAUAAUGGUCUUCACUCUUCCCUGCUCCACUUAAGAAAACAAGCCAGACAUGAGACUCCAGAACACUGCAAACCAGCCUCCACAAUCCGACAUUUCAGUUCCUCUCUCCCACCCCCUCAGGAUUCAUACUACUACCGCCCUCCUGUGGACAUGCCAGAAACUACCGCAACAGAUGCUUCCCUGAGCCUCUCUGAGACCUCACUUGGCUCCCCACAGCAACAACAACGCGGACGCUACAAAAAAACCAAAGCUCAGCUUGCAGUCCUUCGCAGCAGCUUCCUGCGGGAAAACUGGCCUGCAGAGACAGAGCUCCGAUGCCUGCAGGAGGAAACGGGCCUGAGCCGCAAUGACAUCCGCAAGUGGUUCAGCGACAGCCGGUACCAGCUUAGAAAUGGGCGCGGACUGCUUAGAACAUCCAUGGUCUACCCUCAGCUCACCAUAGGAGAAGCAAAGAAUGAUUCUCAGCAACUUCAGUCCCUUCCACUUGUAGCUCACAGGCCUCGGGAUCAGGAAAAUGGUAUUGAAGUGCAGGGAGGGGCUCAAGGGAAGGGAGCUCGCAGCAACGGGGUGAAAGAGUCACACUUCUUCCAGAACUUCCUGUCCAACAGCCUGGAGACAUUUGGGGAGGGAGCAGUGGAGGCGGAGGAGGACGAGGUUGCGGAGGAAGCCUCUGUUCACACUGAGACUGUUGAGGCUGGUGGUGAAAAAAGAAAGGCCCCUACAGUUGAUUAGGGGCAGCAAAGACCCAGAGAUUAAACAACCACCAUCAGCCGUUACCAUCUGCGCUUCCUCCUCCCCCUCUCAUUCUACCACCCCUCCCCCUUCGACUGCUGCCCCCCCUAUUAAGCGUAGUUCCACUAGCACCAGCAACCUGCAGAAGUCUGCUCGCUCAGCCAAAGCCUCACUCACAGCCCUGUCUCUCUCCAGUCCUCCCUCAUCCUGGUCUCCUCUUACACCCGCUGGCCGACCACGGAAGACAAAGGAACAACUGGAUAUACUAAAGGAGCACUUCCUGCGCUGCCAGUGGCCUAAAAGUGAGGACUACACCCAGCUGGUAGAACUCACUGGCUUGCCCCGUGCAGACAUCAUCCAGUGGUUUGGGGAUACGCGCUAUGCUGUUAAAAAUGGCCAGCUACGAUGGGUGCAGGGGGUCCGUGACAAAUUCCUGGCUGAACUAGCCACACAGCAAAAUGGCAGUGGAGUAACUGGUGGAAACGGUUCCAGUGGGAUCCCCCGGGUUAUGGGUAGCCGCAAACGUAAGUCUCAAGUGAAUGGCGCCACAGCAACAUCCACUGCAGAUUCCCCGGACAUCAAUCCGCUGGUGGUUUACCAUCGCUUGACAGGGGUUCUUCAUGAGAAAGACCUUGAUGCCCUUUGCAAAAAGUCACGAAUGAGCUACCAGCAGGUGCGAGACUGGUUUGCAUCUCAGAAGAGCAAGGUAAUUGACCCAGAGACCAAUGUUACUGAUUGA